ACAUGUAGCGACGAAGAAGCCGCACUCAAAAACACUUGUGGGCGAGGAACAAGUGAUUAUGGAGGGGGGUGAGAUGGAGAUGACCAAAGAGGAGCUCCAAAAGUGGAUCAGGGAUAGGGUAAAGAAGAGUGAGCUGGUCUCCCCAGAUGUGCUGGAGAAAUGCAAUCUGCUGCAGUCGCUGCUGGAAAGGAGGGAAAAACAGGCUGCCCACCUCCUGAGGCUCUGCGAAUCUGUGGCAUUAUGUGAAGCGACUGUGAGGAAACAAUACUCUUUGCUGGGAUGGGAGUACAGAGACACAGAUUCUGAUGAUGAUGAUGAUAAUGUCACUGGAUGUGGACAUACACCUGAAUCCCCAUGUGAGUCUGUUCACUCUGAGACUCAAGUCUGCCAUUCUUCAGCUACUAAAGGACUUACUCCUCUGUUACCAAAGCUGCAGGACGGUGGGAAUCCGAAAAGACUUAAUGGCAAUAAAAGCUCUCUUACUCUAAGGGAACCACUGGUGAUCUUGACCAGACUGCCUGAAUGUACGAUCAGAGCUCUAUGUCCACCAGCACCUCUGAAGCACUACAGUGUAGAUGACUUCUCAAGCAAUUCAGAUUCUGAUAUACAGUGGGAAUCAGGAGAGAACCCACGUGAUUCUGAUGAUUUCAUCUCAGGUUUUAAGGCUGGGUCAAAUAAGAGGAGAAAAAUAUUUCAAAUGCCGAAUGAAAAGCUUGCCAAGAGUCAUUCAGAAAACCAAGCCAGCACAAAUACUUACAUCAAGAGAAGUGCAACAAAAACAACAACACCCCAAGCUGCCGCUGAAACAUCAGCACUGAGAGCUAACAGAAAUACCGACACUAGAAGCUACGCAACGAAAACAUCAACACUGCCAGCAAACACCAAAGGAGUAACCCCUGUGUGCAUAGCAUCAGCUCUUUACCAGUCCUCUGACAAAGCCAUCAAGACCGCUCCUAGCUUGCCACAACAGCAGAUCCGUGUGAACAUGAAUGUCCUGGCCAAGAGGAGUGCCAUGAAGUGGCAACGGGGGAAAAUCAUGGAAAUAAUAACAAAGGAAGAUGGCAGGCUGAAAUACAAGAUUCUUUUUGAAGAGAAGGGGAAGAGCCUUGUGUCAGGUCACCAUAUUGCUUUUGACUGCAUGCCAAAGGUGGAGCAGCUGUUUGUUGGUGCUCGUGUGGUGGUCAAAUGUCAAGCUGACAAGCCCCACUUCUGCCCUGGUAUCAUAGCAGAGCUCCCCAGCAGGACAAACCACUUGAGGUUCCUGAUCUUUAUUGAUGAUCACACACCGAUCUAUGUUGGCUUACCCUUUUUCCACCUGGUGUGCAGACCAUUGACAGACCCUUUAGAUGAUAUUCCAGACAUUACCCACAAAAAUUUCAUGAAGGAGUAUUUGGACAGCUGGCCUGACCCCCCUCAGACCCAGUACAAGGUCGGGCAAUUAAUUGAUGCAGAAUUUGACGGAGUCCAGCAGAGGUGUGAGGUGCAGGUGGUCGACAGCAGCUUGAUACAGGUUGUUUUUCAGAAAGAUCAACAUAAGGAGUGGGUUUACCGAGGCUCCAUGCGCUUGGAACACAUGAGUAAUCUGCGGGAGUCAAAAUCUUGAUGGUGGCCACAAUGCUGAAGAUUGCCUCGCAGAUGGGACUUAUAUGUGCUGCUGAAGGUUCUGUUUGAGUGGAGUGGCUGAAAACUGCCGAACUGCCUUAAAACUAUCAAAGACUGGGAUUUUUGUUUUUAUAUAUAUUGUAUCAUAGUUUUGUGUUCUUAAAUAAAAAUUGUCUAAUUUUC